GGGGUAUUUUGGGUAAGGAGGAAAGGGCGAAUGCCUUGCCGAGACCUGGGUACCGCGCUCGCGACGGUUGAGCUACGCUUGAGAACUAGGCAAAAUGGCAACGGAGGAGGAGACAGAUAACCAUAAGAGUGAAGGAGAACCAGGCUUAGAAGGCAGUGCCACACAAAGCGGAGGGGGGCAGAAGGACAGAGAAUCGAUAAAUACGGAUGGUACCAAAGGGAACCGGAAGGAAAUCUCCACAGGAGAAAGCUCGGGGAAAGCCGGGGGAAGCAGGCAAGGGACCAAAGGGACCAAGGAAGGCAGAAAUAAGGAUAGGACAAGCCCCCGAAACUCGGAAGGAGCCAUGCGUAAGAAUGUAAGGGUCACGGACACGAGGCGCAAACUAGCCGAGAUAGACAAGAGAACCGCGGAAUACAAGGCAAGAUUGAUUGAGGAAAUGAUGACUGGGAACGAAGAAGGUCCUCUGCAGGAGGAACCCCGGGACGAACGGAAAGUCAGCCAAGGUGAGACUGGACAGGGGGAUAAAGGUAGUGACCAUGGGGGAACGCCGAGCAAGAGAAGGAAAGAGAGAGAGAACUCUCCGGGGAUGGAAGAAGAAGAGGCUACGACUCCGCCAGCCAUGGAUAGUAGGGCUAGCCGCCUGCCGAUCACGCCAGCAGUAGCGCGAGGAUGCGAAGGACUUUGGAGCCUAAGGAAAAGAGUGUUGGGAUGGUUUGACCCGGAAGGAACUAUGAAAACCAGGGAGGGACAAAAGGCCGGCAAGGAAAGUCCGGAUAACAGUGUGGCAAGCAAGGCCAGCAGCUCCGAGGACGGCCUUAAGAAGAUAGUGUCGUCCCUCGCGCGACCACUAAACAAAAAUCAAGGCUAUCUGGCAGACGCCAAGAAAAAGCUGACUUUCGAUGGAGCAAACAUCACGGAGUUCCUGAUCGACUACGAGAACCUAGUUGCGUUACUAAAGUGGACCGAGGAGCAAAAGAUGGACCAUCUAGGACGGGACAUAAUGGCCAUUGUAGUCGCAAGCCGGUCUUGGAAGGAGACCCGGGAUGUGAUGAUGAGGAAGUACCUAGCGGCAAAGAAAAUGGCAACGGAGGCCGACGUAGCGGCAGUUCACAGGAAGAACUUUGCAACGUACAAUGAUUUCCUACGAGAAUUUACUCUGGUAGCACUAAGGAUCCCCGGGGUCACGGACCGGAUAAUGAGCAAAUAUUUCCUCGGGCAGUUCUCCGAGUUCGACAAAGACAAGAUCCUAUCAGCUUACCAACAUACGAGCAAGUUCGUAAACACGCGGGAUGUUGAUUUUAGCACGGUAACGGAUCUGGCUGAGAAAACGGUAGUAACGGAGACGUUGGCCUUGCUCAAGGAAGGAGAGAUCAUAGAUCUGACCGGUAGGACGGGCGAGAAGGUAAAGAAGGGGAUUGAAAGUCUACAUGAACGGGUGCACGGGGUCGACAAUAAGAGUGAAAGGAUGGAAGACGCGCUACUGGUUAUGCAAGCACAAGUAUCCCGACCUGCCCUCCCUCCCCAGGAAGCUGUGGUCCCGCGAGGUGUAGCAAACCGGGGAUUCGGACGGAGAGAUCCCGCUAAUGAGCUAUGCAAGUACUGCACCGCGAUAGGACAUUAUGUGCGCGCAUGCCCAAAACUCAACCAUGAUAUUCUGAAAAGGUGUACCAGGUCAUUAAAGGGGGAGAUAUUUGGACCACAAGGGGAACGGUUGAACUGGAACUCACCAGGAGGGAUGCGGCGAGCCAUUAUCAUGCUCAAAGGUCUAGAAAUAACAGUCGUAGAAGCCGAACCAGUGGGCGAGAUCAUCUGGGAUCAGCUCCGGGGGCGCGGGCCGCAGACCAACUUUAUUUUGAAAAGCGACGGACGUGAUAGGGUGAACGCAACCACUCGACUGGGAACGGACGAGAAAAGGAUUAACCGUGACACCAUUAUGGAGGAGGUCGCCGGAAGCUCCGAACCCCAGGCGGAGCCUGAGGCCGAGGAACCAGAGAAAGUCUAUGGGAAGCCUAGGGAAGAGGAGCCUGCGGACAAGGUUACCGCCGCUAAGAAGAAGUUUAGGUAUCAAAUCCCGAUCUUAACCUUGCCUGAGAUCGACGACACCAUUAGCAAGUUACUAGGAACCAUGGUGUCGGUGUUUUUUCAGACCAUGCUGCAGGCUAGCCCUAGAUUGCUCAAAGGGCUCAGACAAUUGUUGAAUCGGAGGCGAGUAGAAAUAGGCGACAACCCCGAAUUACUAGAAGGGGAGAGGGAGGAGGAAGCUCCGCAAGAAGUGGCUAACCUUCAAAGAAGUCACGGGGACUUGGAGGAUCUCGAAAAGGCCUUUGCAGACAUUCGUUUGAGCUUGCCCGACCGAGAGGGCGGCGAAGUCAUGAGAUCGCCACCCGAGACGAAGCUUAGCUUUCAUGCGCUGCCCGUAGGAAACUGAAAAUCCAGAUCGGGAGUCAUCAUACCGACGCAUUAGUAGACGGGGGAGCAAAAAUCACUCUCAUAAGAAGAGAUUUCACAACGAUC